AUGAAUCAGGUCACAAUUCAAUGGGAUGUGGUAAUAGCUCUUUACAUAUUCUUCAACUGGUGUCAUGGAGGAAUAACAAAUAUAAACUGCUCUGGCCACAUCUGGGUAGAACCAGCCACCAUUUUUAAGAUGGGUAUGAAUAUCUCCAUAUAUUGCCAAGCAGCAAGUAAGAACUGCCAACCAAGGAAAUUUUAUUUUUAUAAAAAUGGCAUCAAAGAAAGACUUCAAAUUACAAGAAUUAAUAAAACAACAGCUCGGCUUUGGUAUAACAACUUUGUAGAGCCACACGCUUCUAUAUAUUGCACUGCUGAAUGUUCUGGAUAUUUUCAAGAGACACUGAUAUGUGGAAAAGACAUAUCUUCUGGAUAUCCACCAGAUGUCCCUGACAAGGUCACCUGUGUCAUUCAUGAAUAUUCAGACACCAUGACUUGUACCUGGAAUACAGGGAAGACCACCUACAUAGACACAAAGUAUGUGGUGCAUGUGAAGAGUUUAGAGACAGAAGAAGAGCAACAAUAUCUCACUUCAAGUUAUGCUAACAUCUCCACUGAUUCAUUGCAAGGUGGCAAGAAAUAUUUGGUUUGGGUCCAAGCUGCAAACGUACUAGGCAUGGAGAAGUCAAAACAACUGCAAAUUCACUUGGAUGAUAUAGUGAUACCUUCUGCAUCCAUCAUUUCCAGGGCUGAGGAUAUAAAUACUACAGUGCCCAAGACCAUAAUUCACUGGAACAGUCAAACAACAAUUGAAAAGGUUUCCUGUGAAAUGAGAUACAAGGCUACAACAAAUCAAACUUCUUGGAAUGUUAAAGAAUUUGACACCAAUUUUACAUACAUGCAACAGUCAGAAUUCUACUUGAAGCCAAACACUGAGUAUGUAUUUCAAGUGAGGUGUCGAGAAACAGGUAAAAGGUAUUGGCAGCCCUGGAGUUCAUCCUUUUUUCAUAAAACAUCUGAAAUAGUUCCCCUGGUCAGACUGAAAUCAUUCCAACAUGAUACUCAGAAUUCUGGGCUUCUAAUUGCUUCCAUCCAUAAAGGACACCUUAUUUCUGACAACCAACAAGACAUUGGACUUUUAUUGGGAAUGGUCUCCUUUGCUGUUACGCUGUCAAUUCUUUCUUUGAUUGGGAUAUUUAACAGAUCGCUCCGAACUGGAAUUAAAAGAAGAAUCUUAUUGCUAAUACCAAAGUGGCUUCAUGAAGAUAUUCCUAAUAUAGAAAACAGCAAUGUUGUAAAAAUGCUGCAGGAAAAAAGUGAACUUUUGAAUAAUAAUUCCAGCAAACAGGUCCUAUAUGUUGAUCCAGUGAUUACAGAGGUAGAAAUCUUUCUCCCAGAAGAACACAAGUGCACAGACUACAAAAAGGAAAGGAAUACAGGACCCCUGGAGACAAGAGACUGCCUGCAGAAGUCACUACUCACCAGUACUACAGUUGUGUAUAUUCCUGAUCUCAACACUGGGUAUAAACCACAGAUUUCAAAUUUUCUCAUUAGUGGAAACCAUCUUGGUAAUGAGGAAACAGAUUCCUUAACUCUUAAGCCACCAAUUGAUUCCUUAGACCUAGGAAAGAAUACUAUGUUUAAAAAAUAUCCUAAUUUUGCUUUUUCUGUCUCAAGUAUGAAUUCGCUAAGCAACACAUUAUUCCUUGAAGAAUUAAGCCACAUUUUAAAUCAAGGAGAAUGCAGUCCCCCAGACAUGCCAAACUCAAGAGAGAGGGAAACCACCAUGCCUUUGGAAAAUACUUCACCCAAAGAAACUACGCCAGAACAGACCCUGCUACCUGAUGAAUUCGUCUCCUGUUUGGGAAUCAUUAAUGAGGAGUUGCCAUCUAUUAAUUCUUAUUUUCCACAAAAUAUUUUGGAAAGCCACUUUAGUAGAAUUUCUCUCUUGGAAAAGUAAAGCUGUGUAGUCAAAAUUAAUAUGGGAAAUCUGCCUUGAAAGCUCAAGUUGGAUCUCCCCCUCAACAUAAAUUUGAUUCUGUCCUGUUUUUUAAAUCAGAUAAUUAAGAUCCAAAGAUGGAACCUACUUCAUCAUUACAAAAGAAGCAUCAAUACUAGGGACACCUUUAUUUUUUAGAAGUGUCAACUAUAUUCUUUUUAUUUUUCCUCAUUGCCAGGCACAGAACAGAUCUCUCUGUUGUAUGAAGGAUAAAUAAUGCAAAAUAUGUUGCAGUGAAAUAAAUGCUGAAAGUAGUCUUUAAAGUCAAGACAUCAAUAUAUGCUUGC